GAAGAGGGACAGACUCCAUGGUCAGUGCCAAGCCAAAGGCAGGACUCAAUCCCACUACCCUGAGAUCCUGACUUGAGCCAAACCAAGAAUGGGAUGUUUAACUGACUGAACCACACAGGUGCUCUAAAUUAUAUUCUCACCAUUAAAGUUUUACUGUCCAUAUUACAUUACUGCCAUAAUUUAGGCUUUAUCUACCUGCCAAGGUCUUAGAAUCAUUAGAAACACAAUUUUUAUUUUGUCGAACAGGGCUAUGGAUGAUGUGAGAGUCAGGCCAAAUGUAUGUUAUCCUGGAAAACAACUGAUCCUAUCACCCUUUAGAAAUUUAGUUUUGGAAUAAAUAGCAGAUUUGGGCUUGUUGCUUGUCAUUUCCUUUUUUUAAGUAAAGUGCUAUUUAAGAAGAAAACUGAGUUAGCUUAGCUCUUCUUUUUAUUGGAUCUUGAAUAACUGGAAGUUUGCUGCUCUCAAGUGUGUUAGAUGAGGAAAGUCAUUCAAAGUUUGAAUCAGUGUCAGUGGUUGUCCUUUCAGGGACUGAAAGUGGGAAAAACCCUGGUUAGUUUCCUCAUUCCUGUUUCCUCUACCCUACCUCCACUUGUGUCUGUAACUUCACAUAGACCUAUGACAUAGUCUUCAAAUUACAAAGAUGUAUGGUGCAGCUCCUCAUUUCACGAAUGGGAAAACAAAGUAGUGAAAUAACAGCUGAAGGGCAUACAGCUCUUCAGAAGCUCAUGCUGGGGUCCUUGCUAGGUGUUCUGUGAUCACCCUGUGCUGACUUUUCCAUCUGAAAGUGUAAGGGAGGAAGGAGUUAAUUCACAGCCUUAGAAUGGCAUGCAUAUUAUUCAUCUGCCUGACUCCAAGGCAAGUGCUAGCUGAGUCCCCAAGUAUCCACUGAGGACACGGGGAAGCCAGUGUCUUUCCUUCGAGAUCCAGUGGUUAAGUUUAAUGCUAAAAAUCCAUGUUUGCCAGAAAAGGCAAAACAAACUCAAAUUAAAACUGUGAAAGAGCAUGAGUGUCUCAUGGAACUCUUCACACCUGUGAGAGGCUGUACCAUUUGUGCAACUCCUGAUGGCUGUGAGAGGGGAAACUGAGAACACGAAGUACCUGUGAAUCAAGUCGACAAACAUGCACACAUGGGCCACUGUAACAUUUCCCUGCUUCCUUCCUUGGGGGAGGUCUUUUUCAUACCUGACCUCCCCUCAGCUUAUCUACAGUUACCUAGAUGAGGCUUCUGCCCCUCAGAGGCAUUGUGUGUCACGCACCUUCAAGUCAGCAUUUACAUUGCUGUAAGAUCCUACUGUUCUUCAUUCUGAAAUUUCAUACAUGGUACCAUAUCCUGAUGAUGUGCUGAUUCUGAGCUUAUAGAGAAACUAUAAACAGUUGUGCUACUGGAGGACAGUAGAGCCAACUUAGAGUCAGACUGCCCAGUUCUGCCACUCACCAUCUUCUUCAUCUGUGAAAGGGCAGGAGGGAUCCCCAGGGUAACUGUGAAAAUAUAAUAAGUUAAUACAUUCAAGGUGCUUGAGGUAGUGGCUGGCACAGUGCGUGCAAGCUCUUGUCGCUGGGAGUACUGUGGGCAGGGGAGAGGGGAACAAUGUGAAUUUGGCCCUUUCAGGGUUCCAGGUUUUAGGCCAUGCUAUCCCUGUUGCUAAGAUUCACCCCAUUCAAAAUAGGGAACAAAACAGAACCUCAGGCCUCGCUGGGUUCUUCCUUUUCUACCAUGUUUUAUUUCUGUGAAAGGCAAUCAUCAGUCAUGGGAUGUGCCAAUGUAAGACACCUAUUGGAACAUCAAGGAGUACUCUUGUUUUUUACCACUUGGUCUCAGAGCCCUGGAGUCAAGUGUGCUGGGGAGCCAGACUCUUCCUGUUGUUCCUAGGAAGACAGAGCUCAGCCUCUGGCAAAUUCUCCUUUAGUGUGGAUUUUUUUGGCCCUGCCCCUCCAGGAGCUUGUUGGAACCCAAAAGUAAAAAAAAAAAUUACAGAAUAUCAAUUCUUUGUGACAGACUUUGAGGGUCAUCUUUCAAAGCAAGGGAACUUUGGAGGGACACAGCAGACCAAAUUAGAGUCAAACACUGCUUUUAUUUGUUUUUAAAUUUUUUCCCUUAAAAAAAAUUUAGGUGGGGGCCAGGGGCAGAGGGAGAGAGAGGAUCCUAAGUAGGCUCCACCUUGAGUGCAUGACCCUGAGAUCAUGACCUGAGUAGAAACCAAGAGUCGGGCACUCAACUGCCUGAGACACUCAGGCUCCCCUAAAAGUUUUCUUAUGUUGUGUUCCAUUUGAGUUCCAGUAGUUUGAAAGCUGCAGGAGAUUAUAGGAUGCAGUUAGCAAGAAUAGUUCCAGCCUCAAUAAAGGUCCCAGCUACACAAUGAAUAGGUAGUGGAUUUAAGUAUGUGCUGUGUAUGCAAACAUCCUGGGGUUCCCCAUCUGUUGAACAUGCUUGUGUAAAUGAAGGAACAGCUUUGCAGGGAAGAAGAAGGAGAAGGGAAGCUGCAGGGGAGCUCCCAGGGAGUCUGUGGGGAUGACAAGGUGAAGGGCCGAAGAGGAGCGGAGGAGCCGGGGGUUAUGACUAAGUGAUAGUCUGAAGCUUGUGAGCAUUUGCACUUAGUUGGCCAGAGGAGGUAUUUGAGAGGCAUGGCUAGAUGGUGAGAUUAUCUGAGGCAUUGUGAGCCCCAAUUCCCAGUCAACUUCUUUAACACCGGUGAUCCUGAAAAGUCGCAGUUCCUGAACAGCCUUGUGGACGGUAUCCGUGGUUCCAGGAGCCAGGGGCCAGCUCUCCGAGUCACCGUCUGGGUCACUAGGAUUGCUGAGAGUCUGGGAAGGUGUGCGGGUGCCCUGGGUGCCAGCCCAGGGGAGGCCACCUGGAGGGCAUUUUCAAGAACUUCUGCCACAGGUGUAAAAGACUCCCGACCUGCAGAGAUGCUGAAGCAGAUACUAUCCGAAAUGUACAUAGAUCCCGAUCUGCUGGCAGAGCUCAGCGAAGAACAGAAACAGAUCCUGUUCUUCAAGAUGAGGGAGGAACAGAUCCGCCGGUGGAAAGAAAGAGAAGUAGCAAUGGAAAAAAAGGAGUCCCUGCCAGUGACAUCCAGGCCGAAGAAAGAGAAUGGCAAAUCUGUUCAUUGGAAACUGGGAGCCGAUAAGGAAGUCUGGGUGUGGGUGAUGGGUGAACACCAUCUGGAUAAACCCUACGAUGUGCUCUGCAACGAAAUCAUUGCUGAGAGGGCCCAGCUGAAAGCAGAGCGGGAAGCGGAAGAGCUCAGAAAAACUCAGUCCAAAGAAUUUGCCAAUAGCUUGAAAAUGAAAUCACAAUAUUAUGAUCUGCAAGCACCAGAUACCCAGGAGACUCACAGUAUCUGUAAGAAAGCUGCAGAAGAAGAGGAGCUGGGGAAAGGCUCUCGACCAUCACCAUCCCUUGAAGAAGAGAAAAUCCCAUCACUCUCCAGUUCCUCAAGAAAUAUUCAACAAAUGUUGGCAGAUUCUAUCAAUCGUAUGAAGGCAUAUGGAUUUCACCAGAAGAAAGAAUCCAUGAAGAAAACACAAGAUGAAGAACUAAAACAAAUAGACGAGGAGAAAACCAAGCAGAUUUAUAAAAGCUGGAAAGAAGAUUCGGAGUGGCAGGCGUCUCUGCGAAAAUCCAAAGCAGCUGACGAGAAGAGACGCUCUUUGGCGAAACAGGCGCGGGAGGACUACAAGAGGCUGUCCCUGGCGGCGGACAGGGUAGGGAGCGGAGGGGGGCAGCACGGCGCCCCAGCUGUUCCGCAGAGACCCAGGAGACCCCCCCUUCCACCCAAGCCGCAGUUCCUGCACCCAGCGGGGUCCCCUCGGCAGCCUCUCAGAACCCAGGGAGUGACAAGGACAGCAUCCAGCUCUCCCCAGGAGGACAUCAUUCGGUGGUUCAAAGAGGAGCAGCUACCUCUGCGAGCAGGCUACCAGAAGGCUUCAGACACUAUAGCGCCCUGGUUCCACGGGAUUCUUACAUUGAAGAGAGCAAAUGAGCUCCUGAGCACCUGCGUACCGGGCAGCUUUCUGAUCCGAGUCAGUGAGAGGAUCAAAGGCUAUGCCCUGUCCUAUCUGUCUGCGGAGGGCUGUAAGCAUUUCCUCAUAGAUGCCUCUACAGACUCGUACAGCUUCCUGGGCGCGGACCGGCUGCAGCACGCCACCCUGGCAGCGCUGGUGGACUACCACAAGGAGGAACCCAUAACUUCCCUGGGGAAAGAGCUCCUUCUGUACCCCUGUGGUCAGCAGGACGAGCCACCCGACUACCUGGAACUCUUUGAGUGACAGCCUCCGUCGUGCUGCGUCAUCCUCAGCCUCCAUUGGGCUUUCCUCUGGGUAAACGCUGCUGAAACAGACAUUUGUGUGUGAAGCCAAGGUUACCCUGCAGCAUAGCCAGGACUGAUCAAGAGCAAGGAUGCUUGGAGCCCCAUGGAGAUCUCUCUUCUGCACUAAUGCUGGAGUUAACCACAUUGUAUCCACUCCAAAAGUCAAGGGAGAUGAUCUCCAAUUUCAGCAACUCCCUAACAUGAAGUCUACAACCUUAAUGAUGUAUAUAAAUGAACAAAGAAUAAAUGGAAACUUUCUAGGAAAUAAGGCAUACUUCAAAACCCAGUAGCUCAUGGUAACUAUUUCAUGACCUCUAUACUCCCGCUUUGCAUCAUUUCAAAACAUCUCAGGAUUGUGUUUAGAUUAAGUUCCACAUUGGCUUUGGGGAGCUGGCAAAAAAGCCUUUACUGGUGGCUGAAAUGACUCUGCAGACACACUUCAUUUAUCAUGCAUGUUGGAGCCAGGAUAUAAGUAAGAGGCACUGAAAAACAAAAGUUGGGAAUGGAAAUCGAAUGAGGAGUUUAAAACGGAGGAGAAGCUUAACAUGUCCAGAAAUACUGUGGACUGUACGGGAGUGAGCAAACUGUUGUGCAGUUUUCUCAUUCCAGACAACAGGACAGUGGUCACCCCAUCUACUUUGGAUCCAUCCACAAGCACACCAAGGAAGUUGAAGUGCAUGCAUGUGUGAGUUGCUGUCAGUAGUGAUAGGCCAGCACAGAAGAGCAUGUUGUGGGCUGAGUGGUAUCCCCAGAAAGGCAGGGUGAAGUCCUAAGCCCUGGUACCUGUGAACAUGACCUUAGUUGGGAAUAGGGUCUUUGCAGAUGUGAUCAAGUUCAUAUCGGGUUCAGGUGGGCCCUCCAUCCAAUGAUUGGCAUCUUUAUAAGGAGAGAGGGAUUUGGAAACACAAAGGAGAGGCAACCAUGGGGUGACACAGGCUGAGACUACGGAUUCCAGGGGAUUUCCUGCAAGCUAGGGAAUGCCAAGAAGAGCUGGCCACCCCCAGGAGCUAGGAGAGCAGUAUGGCACAGAUUCUCCUCAGAACCUUAGAAGGGAAUGUGGCCAUGCUGGCACCUUGGUUUCAGACUUCCAGGCUCUAGAUCUAUAAGAGAAUAAACUUCUGUUGUCUUAA